AAGGCAGUCGCGAUAGUUGGCGUCAAAAAUACGUUGAAAAGACUGUAAUGACUUUACCAAUGAUCUGAUCUUUUACAGUUACCGACAAGAAAUUAUUUUGUUAUGUUAUACAGAGCAGUUGUCUCCUGUUUAACUACUUUCCGGCAGACUCACCUUUACAUUUUGUAUAGUCACGGUGAGUAGUUUGUCUAUACACGUCCGGGAGAUUAUUUGCUUAGUAAGCCAAUUCAACACUUGUUUUGAGGUUGAGAAUACGCAUGAAUAGCUACACUUAUCAGCAACUAUAAUGAAUGUAGCUGACCUUGAAAAAGAGUAGAGCUAACCGGUGUAUCAUCGACACGUUGAUUUACCAGUUUUCAUUGAGAUCUUGAUCGUUACGGAGUAAACACGAUAUGUUUGUAGUAACCUUAUUCUAUGGAUUACUCAUACUAAUAGCUACAGUUACUUUUCGAUGGAUUGGGAGAUAUUUUUCACUACGCAGCAAGUUAAGUGCUAUACCUGGUCCAAUUAAUAUUCCGUUCAUUGGGUUGACAUGGCAGCUGAUAAAUAUAUCAAGUGAAGAUCGAUUUCAGUUUGUUAACAAUUUACUUGGAAAAUACAAAAACGGAAUCACUCUCAUUUGGAUCGGCCCUGAACCUGUAGUAAUUAUAACUAAACCAGAAUUAAUUGAGGUAGUUCUUUCAAGUAAUACACUCAUAACCAAAGCAUCGGGAUAUGAUUCAAUUAAACCAUGGUUGGGCCAGGGUUUAGUCACGUCGACCGGCGACCUAUGGUUCAAACACCGAAAACUAAUAACGCCAACAUUUCAUUUCAAUAUAUUGGAGGAGUAUGCAGCCAUUAUGCAAGAUAAUGUCGAAAUACUUAUUGAAUGCAUAGAAUCUCAGGUUCGCAAAGAUGUAAAUACCCCGAUUAAUAUUUUUGAAUAUGCUGUAAAGUAUACACUAGAUACGAUUUGCGAAACUGCUAUGGGCGUGAAUAUCAACUGCCAAAAAAAAUCAGACGUCGAAUAUGUCAAUGCCUUGCACAAGUUUUCAGAACUAGCAGUAGAAAGAAUGUUUAGAUUUUGGCUCAAGUGUGAUGCUUUAUAUUAUCGCACGUCAAAAGGUCAAGAAAGUUAUCGUGCCAUGAAAAUUAUGCACGAUUUUACUGAGCAGGUGAUUUUACGAAAGCAGUCGGAAAGAAAAAAUAAAUUGCCUAAGAAGGAGGAAGAACAUCAAGUAGAUGAAUUUGGAAAACGGAAGAGAAAAGCAUUUUUAGACUUAUUACUAGACGAAAGUCAAAAUGCUGAAAACCCGUUGACUACUCAAGAACUUCGUGAAGAAGUCGAUACAUUCAUGUUCGCUGGUCAUGACACUACAGCAGCAGCAAUAAGUUGGGCAUUAUUUGCUCUUGGUAAUGAACAAAAAAUUCAAGAUAAAGUAUAUGAUGAAUUGAAAGAAGUUUUUGGCAGCGAAACUAGAACAGCAACGACAAAGCAAAUGAGACAGUUGAAAUAUCUGGAUAUGGUGAUAAAAGAAGUUUUAAGAUUUUAUCCUAGCGUACCAUCCAUCAGUCGAUAUGUCGAUACAGAGACUGUUUUAGAUGGCUACAUUAUACCUAAAGGAACGACUUUGUCUGUCAAUAUUUACAUGCUGCACCACAAUCCUGAGGUUUGGGAGAAUCCCGAAAAGUUUGAUCCAGAUCGUUUUUUGCCAGAAAAUAUUCAUUCAAAAAAGUGGUAUGCACAUGUUCCAUUUAGUGCUGGGCCCCGAAAUUGUAUCGGACAAAAGUUUGCCUAUUUAGAAUUGAAAACCGUUUUAACGGCAAUAUUACGUAAAUGGCAGGUUUCGAGCGUUUUGAAACCCUCUGAAAUGAAAUUUAUCUCAAAUAUAAUAUUAAGGGCUCAUGAUGGAAAGAUUGAAUUGUAUUUCAAGCCACGUACAUGAAAAAAGGGCCUUUAUGUUGAAAAGUCUUAAGUAUAUUACUUGCUCCAUUAAUUGGGUUAUAUUCAAUCAGGCUAAAAUGAUUAAACUAGAUGAUUUUCGUGAAAUUUUAGAUAUGUAUCAUACGUUUACACAUAAAUGUGUAGUCAUAUUUUUUUGUCAAUAUAAUAAAAAAAACCUUUCAAAAUGUCGUUCCUCAUCUGGAAAUUUCGAAAUCAUCAUUCAAUAAAUAUAUACAUCAAUGCAUAGUAUACACACGCGUGCAUGCGCGCACGAAUAUACGUUUUCUUUUUUACUCUCCGGAAAAGAAUUGUUAAAUUAAACCUUGCUUUAAUUUAUUUAAUGUGAUAUCGUACUGUCUUGUAAUAAUACGUAUUGUAAUAAUAUUUCAAUAUUAUUUACGUUUUUACAAGAUCCAAGGUAAUAAACUUGCAUCAUCG